CGCAUUUCCGGUCUUUGUGGCUGGCACCUGCAGGUCCGCGGCUCGUGCCCUGGCACCUCCUGAGCUUCGCGGAAAGAAGAGAUUACUCAAAAGAAACUCUGAAAUAGAGGACCCAGUUGUAGUGAGCUUUUUGCUAAGCUGUUUCAGCCCAGAACGGCUAUGGAAUCCAGAGCAGUUUCAACCCCGGUACCUCAGAAUUCUCAGGAACAAGAGCUAAUACUAGUGAAAGUAGAAGAAAGCCUUUCUUGGGGUCAGAAACUUAAGCAGAAUGGGAGUGCCCGAUCCUGCCAGGAAUUGUUUCGCCAGCAGUUCCGAAAGUUUUGCUACCAGGAGACACCUGGGCCCCGGGAGGCUCUGGGCCGACUCCAGGAGCUUUGCUGUCAGUGGCUGAGGCCAGAGCUGCACACGAAGGAGCAGAUCCUGGAGCUGCUGGUGCUGGAGCAGUUCCUGAGCAUCCUGCCUGAGGAGCUGCAGAUCUGGGUUCAGCAACACAGUCCAAAAAGUGGCGAGGAAGCUGUGACUCUGUUGGAGGAUUUGGAGAGGGAAUUUGAUGAUCCAGGGCAGCAGGUCCCAGCUAGUCCACAGGGACCAGCAGUGCCAUGGACAGAUUUGACAUGUCUUGGAGCAUCCCAGGAGUUAACAAACAUCGAACUCCAGCCUUUAAAGACACAGCUGAAACCCUGGGAACCUUGCCUUUCCCCCAGAAGCGUAUUACACGAGCAAAGUCCACAAAAUCCUGAAGGUGAGAGAAUACAGUCCAUUCCGGGAAUUGCAGGUUGUAAGAACAAUGGAUCAGCAACAAAGAAGGACGUUUCAGGAGAGAAAUCGCAAAGACUUCCCCAGGAGCCUUCAUUUGGAGGAAUUAGUGAACAUGAAAGCAGUUCGGAGUGGCAGCAAGGAAGUGCUACCGGGGAGAAAUUAAGAAGAUCCCCUUCCCAAGGGGGCAGUUUUAGUCAAGUAAUCUUCACACACAAAUCUCUAGGAAACAAAGACCAUCCUGAGCCCCAGAGAAGCUUGAUUCUAAAUACAAACUCUAUAACAUAUCAGAAAGUUCCUACAGAAGGGAGACCUUACAGGUGUGAUGUAUGCGAGCACAGCUUCAAACAGCAUUCUGCUCUAACACAGCAUCAGAGAAUCCAUACUGGAGAAAAGCCGUACAAAUGUAGCCAGUGUGGGAAGGCCUUUAGUUUGAGGUCCUAUCUUAUUAUUCAUCAGAGAAUUCAUAGUGGUGAGAAAGCAUAUGAAUGUAGUGAAUGUGGGAAGGCCUUCAACCAGAGCUCAGCCCUCAUUAGACAUCGGAAAAUCCAUACUGGUGAGAAAGCUUGUAAAUGUAAUGAAUGUGGCAAAGCAUUCAGUCAAAGUUCAUAUCUCAUUAUCCAUCAAAGAAUUCACACUGGUGAGAAACCCUAUGAGUGUAAUGAGUGUGGGAAAACCUUUAGCCAAAGCUCAAAGCUUAUUAGACACCAGCGAAUUCAUACAGGAGAGAGACCUUAUGAAUGUAAUGAGUGUGGAAAAGCUUUCAGGCAGAGCUCAGAGCUGAUAACCCAUCAGAGAAUACAUAGUGGAGAGAAACCCUAUGAAUGUAGUGAGUGUGGAAAAGCCUUCAGUCUGAGCUCAAACCUCAUCAGACACCAGAGAAUUCACAGUGGAGAGGAACCUUAUCAGUGUAAUGAAUGCGGCAAAACCUUCAAAAGGAGCUCAGCCCUUGUUCAACAUCAGAGAAUCCACUCUGGGGAUGAGGCUUACAUAUGUAGUGAAUGUGGGAAGGCUUUCAGGCACAGAUCAGUCCUCAUGCGCCAUCAGAGAGUCCACACUGUAAAGUGACUUAUGAAUACAAUGAACACUGUAAAUACUUGAGUCAGGCUUCUAUCUUUGUUAGUCAAAAGGGUUUAAUUUACUUUGGAGUGAGACUUCAUGAAAGUGGUUGUACAGUACUAGGUCUCGAAUCAGUCUGACUUUAUUACAGCACUUGCCAGUGCUCAGGCACAUUGUCCCCUGAAAGCUUUUCCUGUGACUAAUUAGAAGAGCAGACAGAAGAAUCAUUGCUCCUUUCUCUUACCAGUAAGAAUACUCAGGAACUGCGAAAGAUGGGACUAUAACAUGGAAACAUCAUUUUCCAUGAGAAUGUCACGAAGAGGGCACAGCAGCUCUGUCACUGCAUCGAACUGUCAGUGGUCCAGAUUUGGAGGAUGGUGUGGAGAGUAUGAGGGACAUUUUGUCUCAGGAAUGCAAAAAUUAUACUGACCAGUUAAGAACAGUGGCAGGGCAGCAAGAUAUGGGGAAACAGUUUCAUCGAUGACUUACUGAGCCCAAGGCAGACCAAAAGUGAGAUAGUGAAAAGAAAAUACAAAUUAAGUUAUCCAACAGUUAUUUUUUGAGUGGCUGCUUUGUGCCAGGCACUAGAGAUACAGUGGAAAAUAAGACCAUAUCUUCCGUUUGACGGACAACACACGCAGGCAGUGACACUGUGGUACGAUCAGUGCUGUGUGAUGUUAAGGAGUACCUGACCCGACCUUGGAUCAGGGAAGGCUUCUGAGAAAAA